AUGAAAUCCAACCAGGAGAGGAGCAAUGAAAGCCUGCCGCCCAAGAAGCGAGAGAUCCCUGCCACCAGCCUGCCUUCCGAGGUGAAGCCGUUAGUUCUGGCCAGUGAAAACCACCGAGCGGACAACUUAACAUGGCUCUCCAGCACAGUCAGCAGCCAGAGCAGCCUGGGUGGGAGAGGCAGGCCUGGAGGGACCUCGGCGGAAGCUGGUUCACAACAUGGAAUAGGUUUACACAAAUCGCUGUCUGCAGGAGUAGAUUAUUCCCCACCUAGCGCUCCUAGGUCUGUUCCAGCCACCACCACCACAGUUUACCCGCCUGCACUUUCUCAGGCAGGGACACCUGUCUCCCCAGUGCAGUACGCACACCUGCAGCACACUUUCCAGUUUGUAGGGCCCCCGUAUAGCGGACCAUACGCCGGAUUCAUCCCCUCCCCACUGAUUUCCCCGACAGCCAAUUCUGCAACCAGCACGGCGGCCUCUGCCACUGCUGUUGCCACCACUCCAUCCCAGCGUUCUCAGCUGGAGGCUUAUUCCACUUUGCUGGCCAGCAUGAGCAACCUAAACCAGCAAGGGCACAAAGUUGAGCCGCAUCUCGUUCGGGCGCCCGGGUUGAUCACAGCAGGGUCCCCUCCACCGACCCAGCAAAACCAGUACGUCCACAUUUCCAGCUCUCCACAAGGCUCAGUUAGGAACGUCUCUCCUCCAGCCAUCCCAGUCCAUUUGCAUCCACACCAGGCAGUGAUUCCUCAUGCGUUUGCCCUUGGCCCCUCCUCCCAGGUGGUGGUGCAAUAUGCAGAUUCUGGCGGCCAUUUUGUCACUCGGGAGUCCUCCAAGAAGUCCGAGAGCGGCAGGCUGCAGGCUAUGCAAGCAAAAGAAAUACUGAACGGGGAAAUAGAGAAGAGCAGGCGUUAUGGCAUCUCCCCAUCCUCAGAAGUGAGUCUCGUCAAAUCAGGCAAUAAACCAUCUCCUCAUCAUUAUGAGGCCAGGCACGUGGUGGUCCAUUCGGGUCCUGCUGAUUAUAUUGCACGCGAUUCCACCAGUAUCCGGUCCUCUGUUAUGGUUGUUCCCAAUAGCAGCACACCUACUGCAGACAUGGAGGUCCAACAAGCCACCAAUAGAGAAACACCUCCCUUGGCCCUCAACGAAAAGGGAAGCUUGCACUUAGGAAAAACAGCCCACCGAUCCUAUGCUUUAUCUCCGCAACAGACUAUGGGCCACGAAGGGGUGAAAGCAGUUGCCACUUUGUCCCCUCACACAGUCAUUCAGACCACCCACAGCGCCUCAGAGCACCUCCCCGUUGGGUUGCCUGCUGCGGCCUUCUACACUGGGACUCAGCCACCGGUAAUUGGCUACCUAAGCAGUCAACAGCAAGCCUUUGGCUAUCCUGGAAAUCUGCCACAGCACCUGGUGAUCCCAGGCACUCAGCCCCUCCUAAUACCGGUAGGCAAUGCAGAUCUCGACUCAACAGGGGUUCCUCCUGCUAUCGCCACUUCAUCUCCCCAGUUGGCAGCAGUGCCUCACACGUUUGUCACAACCGCCAUUCCAAAAAGCGAGAAUUUCAACGCCGAGUCGCUAGCAAGUCAACCAGCUUACCAGGCAGCCGUCGUGCAGGCCCAGAUCCACCUCCCCCUGAUCCAGCCUGUACCUUCUUCAGCAGCUGCUCCUUCUACACUGCCUCCUUACUUCAUGAAAGGGUCUAUCAUUCAGUUGGCCAACGGAGAGCUGAAGAAGGUAGAAGAUUUGAAAACAGAAGACUUUAUACAGAGUGCAGAAAUUAGCAGUGACCUGAAAAUAGACUCCAGCACCGUGGAAAGGGUUGAUGACAGCCAUACUCCAGGCAUUGCCAUGAUACAGUUUGCAGUUGGAGAGCACCGAGCACAGGUAAUAAAUGGGCUGGGGAAAGGAGGGACUAUUCAGUUGACUGGAUAUCCUUUCUUACAAUGUCUAAGUCUCUUAGGAGCACAGAAGGGCUAGCACGUGGUAGUGUGGAAGAGAUUUUCAAAAUGGCAUUCCAGUGGCUUAAUAACUGAGGAAGAGCAAUGGCAUAUGUUGCAAAGUAGAAGUGGUUGCCGAGUGACUAAAAGUUUCAAGGUUCCUUAAUGUGUGUGGAUGUAACAAUGGACCUCUAAAUUAGGAUUGUCAACAUUUUCCCAAGAGAUAAGUUCUUCUCCCUUUAGCAGCUGCAGAACUUGCCCUGUUCACUCAUGAGGAUGCCGCCGUAUGAAAUUCUUCUCCUGGACCUAUAAUAAGCUGUACCAUUCAAUGGAAAGUUGUGUUUUCACUUACAGAGAAAUGUGCAACCAAAAAUUCAGCCGUAUCUGUGAAAACCAUAUGAUAAGUUUCAGCCUAGCCCAUCCCCUCCAUGUCUUUUAAUGUUGCUGUACUAGCAUCCUGAUGCUGUCACCUCUGCAGCAGCAGCAGAGGUGGGGAGGCAGAUGCCGGUGUCUUCUCUUCAUGCUCACACAUACCAUCAGUAAAAGUGGCACGUCAGGAAAGCUUUCCUUUCAGGAGUGGAGAGUGCCAUCGUCUGGUAGAAAGGAUGAUGACCUCCAUUUAAGUGUCACCUUAUGCAGGAGCCUAUCAAAAUCUAGCUGACAUCAUCUUACUUAAAAUACUCCACCAGCUGUGUUUCUCACAAGGGACGCUUCCAGAAUUUAGAGCAAGUCGUUUAGAGAGAUACGAUUAAAAUGUGGGUUUAAUUUACGUUUCCUGUAGAUUCUAGGGCUUUGGGUCCCUUCUGUAUCAGUCAUGUUUUCUGUAGUAGCAGCUAGUCUCCUAGUGGAUGUGGUUUGUUUUGUUUUUGUUUGACUGUUUGAUUAACUAGUUGAAAUCUCGCCUUGGUAGAUCACUAUUUUGUCUUGUGUUUGAAUUUGAAAUGUCUGCUGAGUGCAUAGUCUGGCACAACCUUUUCAGUUUAAGAGAGACAGCAUUUUUGUUGCAUAAUGGCUAAGGAUGUGAGCCGGGAAGCCCAUUUCAAAUGCUGCUGCAGCCCAGGAGCUCCUUAAGGUGGCCUUCUAGGUGUGUCUUGCCUUAGCCUUCCCCCUGCCACCUGCAAUUGAGAGAAAAGGUGUUCCCUCCUCACACUCUCAGUUUAGAAGCCAGGAUUUGGAGGAAAAAGUGCCGGUACUGCAUACCAGUGAGUACCACCAGGAACUAUGGCUGCUGCCUUAUAGAUGUUAAGCAAGUCUCAUAUGCCUACAGGGCAAUAGUACUCAGAAGCUGUGCCUGCGUUACGUCCCCAUUUCUCCCUGGGAGUCUUUAUCAUGGCCCAUUAAUGUCUUUCCCCUCCUCACUGGCCAGUUUUAUGCCAGGCUCCUUACAUCCUGGAAGUUUGAUGUCAAACAGCCCGUUACAGGAAGCAAAAUAUGACCUCGGGUUAAGAACUUAAUUCGUUCUGGAGGUCUGUUCUUAACCUGAAACUGUUCUUAACCUGAGGUACCACUUUAGCUAAUGGGGCCUCCCGCUGCCCCUGCCGCGCGAUUUCUGUUCUCAUCCUGAAGCAAAGUUAUUAACCCAAGGUACUAUUUCUGGGUUAGCGGAGUCUGUAACCUGAAGCGUCUGUAACCCGAGGUAGCACUGUAAACCAUGAAUUUCUCUUCCUUCCUCCUUCUCCGCCCCCUUGUGAGCUUGUGGUUCUAAAGGUUUUUAAAGCAUACAUAUGUUCCACAUUAUUGAUAUGUUGUAUAGGAGGGAGAGCAGCGUUGUUGAUCAUAUCUACAACAGAAUAUCUCCUUUCACAUUCAUUGAUGAUUAAACUUUCCCCAGGAGCCAUUUAUUUGAUAGCCUCCUUUUAAAAGUAAGCUGCGUUUCAUAUAUUACAUGUCUGGGGUUUUUAAUAUAUAUUCAGUUUUUGAAAGGGGGCAUAUUUUGACUGCAGUGAGUCUUUUAGUCAGCAUAUACCAGGACUGACCAACGUGGUACCUUUCAGAUGUUGCUGCAUCUCAAGUCCCACAAUUCCUGAGUCUUGGCCAUUCUGGCAAGGACCAAUGGGAGUUGGAGCCUAACAGCAUCCAGAGCAAAAACCACCUUAGCUAUCCCUGGCAUAGACAAAUGGUAUCCUGACCUACUUUGGGUGAACGCUGUUAUGAAUAAGAAGUUAGGGCCUAGGCAGGCAAAAAGGUGGGAUGAAAAAUGAAGAGGGAUAGGAAAAGCAACUGAAUUUCUAGAGCAAGGGGACGUUGCCCAAUGCCCCAUCCUCGCCCCCUGUUCUCUAGUUCUGUAAUAGCAGAUUCACUUUCCUAAGGGCAUUUUUUAAAGUAAAAUUAAAAACCUGUGUGUUUUAAUAGAGCAAGCAGUGCAGUUAUUUGAAUGUCGACUCAUUAAUAAAAAAUAAUAAAUAAAGAAUUUAAAUGAAUGUCAACUCAUUAGUGAGUUCAAAGCGGUUUACUCCCAAGUCCCAGGUAAGUGGGUAUAGGAUUGCCACCUAAAUGUAUACCAGGAUUGCAUUAGCUUACUGGUUGCUGAAAUAAAUAGAACCCCAAAAUCACAUUUGAGUUACAGAAUUGACUGAGGUUUUAUUCAGGUUCCAAGACUAUCUAUAUUGUGUUCAUUGCCACACAAUCACUUUUAGAUGAGAGGAACUGCUUGUGUUUCCCAGGAGAGGACGAAGAAUUAGGCUUCUUUCUGAACUAUCCCCUAGCCGCAGCUUGUAUUAAUUAACCUACAGAGAAUCUCUCUUGGGAUUAAUCCCUGUGGAACAGAAGCGGCUUAUGAAAUUGCUUUUAAUGAAUGCAGUUGGUUAGCAUGGGAAGCAGCCGCAGGUCUGUAGCUUCUGCAGCUGUGUGCUGCGCAUCUGGGGGGGGGGGCUGUUUUCACCCCAGAGGAGUGAGGUGUGCUGGAGUGCCUUGGGCUGGAUACUGCUCUGCUGAAGAAAAUGCAAGAGAGGUAGAUGAAGUGUUUUAAAAACUCCCCAAGAGGAGUAGCAAAAGUUGGCAGUUUGGUCCCUAGCUUCUUCACUGUCCCCUUCUGCAUACCAAAAGGCAUAGAGCCCAUAUUUUAUGCCAGCUGGGAGAAAAAUGCCCAACUACCUUCUAGACUGAUGUAAAGGUGACUUCAGCCAUUCUCCCCGCCACCCGGCCUCAAGCUUAUUUUAAUUUAUUUUUUUCACAAAACAAAAACAUGUAAUUGCAUUACAUAUUUUCCAUAGUUAGAGUUCCCUUAUUUCAGUUUUAGAAAAUCAUUGAGAUAACUUCUACAAAGAUCUUUUUGAGUAGUGGGUAAUGGGAAAUCUCUUCCAUGGGAAAUAAAUGGAUGCUACGCCAUGUUGGACUUGUCUCUUUUGGAAGUAUCUUGUAGGGCAGGCAAGUCUUUCUGAGAAGGCCACAUCCCACCCACCAUUAAAAUGGUAGAUUCCUGGGUAGUUCUGAUUUACUUUUUCACUGCUGGGCCACAGGCAGAAGAAAACCUAUUAAUUCUUUAGGACCUUUAACACAACUUGAGCUACGGUCUAGUAUGAGGAGUGCCAAGGCUGGGUUAGGCUGCAAAGCUUGUUUUGCAGUAAUAGAAAUAACCCCCAACUCUCUCUGAACCCGCCCCACCCCUCUUCUCUUUAAAAGAGGCUUCUGCUUUGGUCACACUCAGCUGUGGUAUUCAGAUGAACAUUUUCAGAUUAAUGUGUUUUCUCUCCCUUUCUUUUUCUCUCCUCCUUCCCCCUCCCACCCUCAUUUCCUUCAUCCCUGCAGGUCAGUGUUGAAGUCUUGGUAGAAUAUCCUUUUUUUGUAUUUGGACAAGGUUGGUCAUCCUGCUGCCCUGAGAGAACAAGCCAGCUCUUUGAUUUGCCAUGUUCCAAACUCUCUGUUGGGGACGUCUGCAUAUCACUUACACUCAAGAAUCUGAAGAACGGCUCCGUCAAAAAGGGCCAGUCCAUGGACUCAACUAGCAUCUUGCUGAAGCACUCUAAGAAUGACAGUCUAACUGGUAGUAGACAUAGGUAUGCAGAGCAGGAAAACGGGAUUGAUCAGGGAAGUGCAAAGAUGUCAUCUGAGAAUGGUGAACUGAAGUUUCCAGACAAAAUAGGAUUGCCUGCAGCAUCUUUGCUCACCAAAUCAGAACCCAGCAAGCCCACGGCAACGAGGAAGAGGAGGUGGUCUGCCCCCGAAACACGGAAAUUAGAGAAGUCAGAAGAGGAGCCACCGUUGACUCUCCCCAAACCUUCUUUUAUUCCUCAGGAGGUUAAGAUUUGCAUUGAAGGGCGAUCCAAUGUAGGCAAGUGA